CCUCGGGCUGCAAGGCCAUCAGAGAUAACCGCAAAGCAGUCUACCGUCACUGUUUAGUUCCGAUGCAGCUCGUACGAUAUGCCGCUGUAUGCAGCCUGGCGCUGUUGUGGACAGCUUCCGUUGAGGCCACAAAUGCCACAACGUACCCGACCAGGUCGGGCAUCGGGACGUGGGUCGACCCGGACACCCCCAAGGACAGAUACGUGUACACGAGCUCACGUGGUCGACGAUGGGAUCUCGUCAUGAGCGACGAGUUCAACGUCGCCAACCGCAGCUUCCGUGCGGGCGACGACCACAUUUGGACGUCUCUCGAGAAACCCGACGGUGUAAACGGUGCUCUUGAGCUUUACUCGCACAACAUGACCUCUACAAGGUGCGAUGACGACGGGACGUGCUACUUCUAUAUCAAGACCAUCGACGAGAAGAACACGAUCCACGUCUACAACAUGUACACCCACCCACCCAGCUUCGAGGACGUCUACUUCUGGUACCGUGGCGCAAUGGUACAGUCGUGGAAUAAAUUCUGCUACCAGGGCGGUAUGCUCGAAGUGCGGGCGCAACUCCCUGGAGCUGUCAGCGCAAAGUCCGGAAACCCCGACCGAGAUCUUGGAGCGACUGGUAAAGUCGCCAACAACCAGUACUACCCGACAUGGCCCGGUGUUUGGAUGCUGGGCAACCUCGGACGUGCCAUUUUCUCGGCGUCGACCAACCGGAUGUGGCCGUUCUCGUACAACCGAUGCGACGCCGACGUCUUUGACCCAAGUUUCCAACGUAUCAGCGCAUGCGAUGACAAAUAA